CCCGCCCCGAAGGAGGAGCCGUGCCCGCCUUUCUGCUUUGGCCGCCGGCAGUGGGGGCUGCACCCGGGUACCGCGGUGGGUAAUCUGGGCGCAGGGCCGCGAGGCUGCCGGGGAUGGAAGAGGGCCGUGCAGAGAGGCGACGGAGGACGGAAGCUCCUUCGCACUCGCAGGGCGGUACCAGGAGGGCGGGUGUCAUGACUGAUGUCCACCGGCGAUUCCUCCAGUUGCUGAUGACUCACGGAGUGCUGGAGGAGUGGGACGUUCGGCGUCUGCAGAAGCACUGCUAUCGGGUCCAUGACCGCACUGCCGCCGUGGAGGAGCUGGAGGACUUUAUCAACAACAUUAACAGUGUCUUGGAAUCCUUGUAUAUUGAGAUAAAGAAAGGAGCCACCGAAGACGAUGGGAGACCCGUUUACGCGCUGGUGAAUCUGGCAACGACGUCUGUUUCCAAAAUGGCCUCAGAUUUUGCAGAGAAUGAGCUGGAUCUGUUCAGAAAGGCUUUGGAACUGAUUAUUGACUCCGACACCGGCUUUGCAUCUUCCACAAAUGUUUUGAACCUGGUGGAUCAGCUCAAAGGCAAGAAGAUGAGGAAGAAGGAGGCGGAGCAGGUGCUGCAGAAGUUCGUACAAAACAAAUGGCUCAUCGAGAAGGAAGGGGAGUUCACCCUGCACAGCCGGGCCAUCCUGGAGAUGGAGCAGUACAUCCGCGAGACGUACCCCGACGCCGUGAAGAUCUGUAACAUCUGCCACAGCCUCCUCAUCCAGGGUCAAAGCUGCGAGACGUGUGGGAUCAAGAUGCACUUACCUUGCGUGGCCAAGUAUUUCCAGUCCAGUUCCGAGCCACGCUGCCCCCACUGUAAUGACUACUGGCCCCACGAGAUACCAGAAGUCUUCGACCCUGAGAAGGAGCGGGAGGCUGGGCCCUCCAAGGUCAGCAAGAGGUCCUUGCGGUCCAGGCAGCACUAGUCGGCGCGCUGGCACAGGGCUCGCUGCCUUUGGGGGACAGCGGACAAGCCCUGUUUGGGAGACAAGCAUCAGUGUUUCACGUUGCACCUGAACCCCGGUCUUUGUGUUCACUUGUGAGCAGGUUUGGAAUAAAAGUUACUACGGAG